AUGGGUAUCUACGUUUCAAAGUUGUUCCAAGGCCUGCUCGGCCGCAAGGAGAUGCGCAUCCUCAUGGUUGGUUUGGAUGCCGCCGGUAAGACUACCAUUCUCUACAAGCUGAAACUGGGCGAGAUUGUUCACACCAUCCCUACUAUUGGCUUCAACGUCGAGACAGUCGAAUACAAAAAUAUCUCAUUCACCGUCUGGGAUGUUGGUGGACAGGAUCGCAUUCGUCCCUUGUGGCGCUACUACUUCCAAAACACCCAGGGCAUCAUCUUCGUCGUGGAUAGUAAUGAUCGUGACCGUAUUGGCGAGGCUCGCGAGGAGCUUAUGCGCAUGCUCAGCGAAGACGAGCUCCGCGACGCACUGCUCCUGGUCUUCGCCAACAAGCAGGAUAUGCCUAAUGCCAUGAACGCUGCCGAAAUCACCGAAAAACUCGGCUUGCACUCUCUCCGUAACCGUGAGUGGUUCAUUCAGGCCACUUGCGCUACUCGUGGUGAUGGUUUGUAUGAGGGUCUUGAGUGGCUUGCUAACAACCUCAAGAACCGCAAGGCUUAA